AUGUCAGAUGUCUUUGGCCUCUUGGGCACCACAAUCACGAGCUUCGAUAUUAUACUCACGUUACGUCAACGCUAUAUGGAAGCGAAGGAAGUACCCGGUGCAUUUCCAGAGGUGCUACAGCGGAUGGAAAUAGCCAGGCGCACUCUCCAGAAAGUCCAAGACAAAGCUAGUAAUGGUAUCCCUUCCGACGAUGACGGAGUGACCCUUCAACUCGUGCAGGCUUGCAAGGAGAAGACGGACAAGCUGGAGGUCAUUUUCGACAAGGCGGCACCUGUCGAGGGCGCCUCCCCGAUCAAAAAAUAUCGGCGGAUACUCGAGCAUAUGAAGAACAGCGAGAAAGUCGAAGACUUGGCGAAGAGCAUAUUCAGAGAUUUACAAAUCCUCACACAGAGGUGGUCGAUGGAUGCUGUGACACAGAGCGAACUGAAGGAAGCAUUGGAGAAACUUGAGCAGGUGGAACCAUCGAUCAGAGAUUCGGCGAGCACUGUGUAUGGCUCGGGAGUAAUCCUCCAUAACUACAGCACUGUACGUCCGGUACCGGACAUACCAUCACCUUUGGCAAGCACGGUUGACAUUAUUUAG